AUGCUUUCUGAACUGAAUAUGUUAGAAAGACAAUACACCAAGAGGCUUGCACACCUGAAGGCCCAAAAGAAGGAGCGGGAAUUUAGACGUCUUAUUGAAUCUGAACUUGAUGCAAAGCAGUCCGACGCUAACGUUAAGACGGUAACUACGACUGUUCCCAAGGUCUCGUCGACGAAACAGCCAACAACCACGUCAAGCGCCGUUACCAAACCGCGCACAACAAAGCCACCAGCAUCUAGCGGCCAGCAAUUCACCGUCGUAUUUCACACAGCAGGCUUUGAAAAAGAAAAGAAAAAUAAGGAAGAAAAAUCAAAAAUUGAGUCAAAAGUGCUGUCGAUCCUCAGCAAGGCUUUGAGAGAUUAUGACCACAAGUUUGAAGGAAUUAGAAGGCAUUCGACGAUACGAGAAGAGCCGAGCAGUACGCUAGCGCCUGCUGUCGAGCCCACUACGAACGGGAUUGCAGAGAGCACGGCUAGUUACCCUACUUCAGUGGAAAGAGUAGCAGAAGUCGCUCUUCGCAAAGCGCUGCAGGAAAAAGAGCAGGAUGAUGAGCCACAACUGAAUGCACCCAGGAAACUAUACUCGCUGACUUCCUCAUCUGUAGAGUCAACUAAGGAUUCUCCUCCGAGUAUUCGGGAACCAGAAGUCUUCCCUGCUGCUGCUUCAUCAAAACAUUCAAAAAGUGGUGCUGCCAUGAUUGGUGUGGGAAGUGGGGAGGAUGCAGUUGAAGUCAAUGAGAUGCUAUCCUUGAUUGAAGCUGACGAAAAGGCUGAGAGGGCAGAAGCUGGAUCAGAUUCAAAUGAAAUCAGAAGACUCAGGGAAGAAACCAGAGCCAAGGUUAUGGCAUUUCUCCAAAGACGAGUGGAAAAAUUGACAGCAGAAUUAGAUCGGGCGAAGGCUUCAUCUACCACUACUUCAUCUGCGAGUACGAGUACCACUGCAGCCACUACGACUGUGCCGCCUUCUACCAGUAGCACAACCAAAACCUCAACAACUGCUUCGACAAUCACUACCACAGCUCCUACAACGACUACAAAGGCAUCAUCGACAACUACAAAAAAAGAGAACGAUGGAUCUGAAGAGACGGCAUUCAAGCAGAUUCCGGAGGCUGAAGAGGAAGGAAUCACAUGGUGCUCUUCGAGUAAUAUCGAGCCUAAUAAGCUAGCUAGUGUAAUUUCUCCCAUCGCUGGUAUUAUCGACAACAUUGGGCCAAUAAUUGCACCACUCCUACGAGCACGUGCUGCAGCAGCUGCAAAGAUCUUUUGGUACACUCGGAAGCAGAAAACUCAGUGA